AUGGCCUCACAAGAUGAAAACGCCUUUGUCCCCGCGCUGAUCGUGGUGGACAUGCAAGAGGACUUUUGCCCGCCGAACGGCUCUCUUGCAGUAGAAGGUGGCCGCACAAUCGCGCCCAUUAUAAACUCCCUCCUCGAUCUCCCCAACUUUGCAAUUCGCAUCGCUACCCAAGACUGGCACCCGGCGGACCACAUCUCAUUCGCCUCCAACCAUCCCGCGCCAAACAACAAGCCCUUCGAAUCAUACAUACAAAUGCACAACCCGGCAGGCGGCAAGGAGCACGAAACCAAAGAGCAACGGCUCUGGCCCACGCACUGCGUCGCAUCCACCAAUGGCGCGGCAAUCAUCCCCGAAAUACUGGCGCCAGCUUCAAGCGAGGGAAGCAGCGGCAAAAUCGACCUCCUAGCUAAAAAGGGCAUGCACCCCGGCGUUGAGAUGUAUUCCGUUUUCAGCGAUGCGUUUGGCAACAUGGAUCCUUCCCUGGCCCGGAAGUCGGUUGAUGUGGACGUCACUGCUGUCCUGAAGGAAAGACAUGUCACGGAUGUGUUUGUGGUGGGGAUUGCGGGCGAUUACUGCGUCAAGUAUACGGCGGUGGAUGCUGCGAGAGCUGGGUUUAAGACUUGGGUGGUCGAGGAUGCGGUCAAGUCGGUGGAUCCGGGGAUGGGCUGGCAGCAGGCAAUGAAGGAGUUUGGGGAGUUUGGCGUCGAGGUUGUGAGGAGUGAUGGGCCGGAGAUUGCGAGACCCCACCAGAUCGAGCGGCUGGCUAUUCUUAGUAUCACUACGUAUCUACCAACUCCAUCCCUGGCCCAGUUUUCCACAUAUACACCUCUACAAACACACCACAAGAUGUCCGCCGAAGCAUUCGCAGCCCUCGACAAACAGCUCUCAAAUACUUCUACUACUACUACUACUACUACUACUACUACUACUACUACUACUACUACCACCACCACCGCCGCUGGCCCAGUCUUGCCCGCUGUCGGCGCCCCGUUGCCGGGACAAGUACAUGGCGGCGCCGAAGAGCCGUUGCCAUACUGGCUAGUCAACGUGCCGCGCGAGCAAUGGCCCUCGUCAUGUCCCGAGUUUCUCCAGGGAUUGUCAGACAAGAACAUUGCAAUUCUGGCGACGCCGGACUCGGAGUAUCAAUGGAUUGGCUGGGAGAGGGUUAGGGAGUUGGUCAAGUCGAAUGACAUUGGACGUUUCCAACGCUUCCCCUCUGAUCUGAGGAAGUAUCUGGAAUCCAUGUUUCACAUCAAACAGAAAUACGGCUCCGUGAUGGAUUUUGUGCUUACUCAAAGGCUCCAUUGGGACAAGGAGGAUCUGAAGCCGCGAGGCGAAGCGUUUGAAUAUGACGAUGACCUGAAAAUCCUGCUCAAUGACUGGCCCUACGGCCUCGAGAAAGACAUCGUCCAUCUCGUCGUCUGGACCAAAUUCGACCUAGACGAGGAUCCGUCUACGGGCCUUUUGACCGAGACAAUGUGGAAGAAGAUCGAUGAUUAUGUCGAGACAAAAUUCCGCUCUCGUAUCGCUUCCGAUCAGAUUGUCUGGUUCAAGAAUUGGAAGGCCCUUAAGUCUGUUCAUGCCAUUGAGCAUUUCCAUGUUAUGCUGCACCAGCCGGACCCGGAGUUUAUCAGGGACAUCACGAACGGGGAUGUUCCUUUGGUUGAGAAGGUUUCUCGAGGGGCGGCUCCUUAG